UUGGAAAGUGUUAAGUUAAAGAAGCUGCAAAGCAAAAUUGGCGGUAGGCUUCUCGGUCGACUCACUGAAAGUGAGACCUUGUACGCGAUUGAUGUGCAACAAAUCACUAUCUGAAGACGGUUAAUCUUUUCAUGGUUGUUGUUGUUUUGUUUUAAAUUGCAGUGGGUUUUUUAUUUCAAAAUCGCGUGCAGAAAACCAGCUAUAACGGCCAGCGUUGUCUCAGCGCAAUGUUUUGCGUCGCACUUUUGAAAAGGGAUAUUGUGUUGCAUUAUUUUAUCAUGGCGCUGAGAUUACAUUAUCAAAUACGUCUGCGUUGGGUACAAAUUCCUAGAAACGCGGGUAUAGUAAUGCAAUCUAGCCUUUGCUGAUCUUAGGAAGACGAGUUUACAAUUUUUGGUUUGGACGCUGAUACUUUUGGUAGUUCACUAGAGGGUUAGGUACCACCAAGGCAGAGGAACAGAGAAAUGGCGGAAAUACCUGAUCUUCACAGUAUAAAGAUUGGUCUACCACCUACUCGAGAAAAUACUAACAUUGGCCACGAAGAGGAGGCCACAAAACCCAUUGACCCAAAACGGUAUCGUACUAUGGCACGACAUCCUUGCAUGGUAUGGAUCAAAUGGCACGGUUUGCUUACUAGUUAAUACGUUCUGCUGAUGUAAACUUGCAAAUAGCAGCCUGAAUUACACACUCUAAGAGGCGGUGUUAUUGUGUAUGGAACUUUUGCCCUUUCUUCUUGGCAGCGCCGACUUUUAAUGAAGUUUUUAUCUGGAAGAAGAACGUUUGCCUGUCCACAAUAAAAAGAGCAUGAGUUCCAUUUACCAGACUCCAUUACAGCGUACGAGUAUCUGGAGAGCGGCUUUCUUUCGGUGCAAGAAAACUUUAAAUGUUUUAGAGGAUUUCAACCUACUGAUCCGAAAAGAAACUGGUUGGAGCAUUUAUAGCGGACAAUAUGCGAAUGGGAUUGGAGUGUUGGCGAUUGCUUCGCGCGGUGUAAUGAUCGGUUCUGGAUCGCAUCGCAUAGGCAGCCCAUUUUUGGCAGCGCGCAUCGUAACAAAUGUUCACGACUUCGAUACUGCAACGUCUAAUCCAGUUGCUUCCUCUGCAUUCGGGAGCCCCAGUGAUAUUAGUGUCAUCAAGUCUAGUUGGAAUUUCCUCAAGAGGCGCCUGAGCGAUUUUGCACCCAAAGUGUUUCUAAGGUAUUUCCAAACCAGUCCUGGGGCUCAGAAGUUCUUUCCGGCGUUUGCCAAUGUGAACCUUGCAGAACUGCCAACUAAUCGGGACUUCCUUAGUGCUGCAUGUAAUUGCGUCGCCAGCCUCACUUACAUAAUCCCGCAUUUGAAAUAUGAUCUUCUUGAACGUUGCCCGACUUUCAACAAGUUUAAGAAAACGUACGACAACGUUGAUGUCAAGAAAUUUGGGACUAUUUGGGUGAAAACUAUUCAAGAGGAAAUGGGCAAUAAUACUUUCAAUGAUGUCGUACUACUUGAUGCUUGGAAGAAAGCUUUUUGGGCUUUGAGAAAAUAUGCUACUUCAUGAUAAGUUUGAAGCUAUUCCUAUAUGUUUUAAGAGUAACGUUGAGUUGUUCCGCAAGUCUUUAAACAAUAGGCAAUCUAACAAAUUUACUUUAUGGUAAUAAUCAUUUAAUAGUAGAAUGCAUAGUUGUGCAGUGUGUGAAUAGCAUACAAGGGGUUUAGAGUGGUGAUGGAGGGGUGUUCUUUAUGUUUAACCGAUUUCCAUAUAAUUUCCCGUUCUAAAGGUAAUAAAACGAAAUAUUUUCAUUUAA